AUGGAUUUUUCUAGCAAAUAUACUCUCACUCACCACACUAAGGCAGUCAAUGUAUUGGCUUCACAGAGCUUGGUAUCCAGUGAAAUGAUUCAAGAAAUCUUUACACCAGCAGCAGGUUAUAUCAGUGCCAUUAUCUGGAUGGACAUUGACAAUCACAGGGCUUCAGAUGGCAACAUUCAAGUAUAUGAAAGGAGCAAUGAUGCACUGUUCACAUUCCAGAGCACCACCAUGGGCCACUCAGGUGCAGUGGAGUCGCUAGCUUGGGAUCCUGUUCAUUGGUGUCUGCCUGACAAACAGUUGUAUGUUGCCCGCACAGUUCACUUCUACUACAAUGGUGCUUCCCUCCUAGUGUCAUAUCUGGAAAGUGGUGAAAUGUCGGCUGCCCAUUCCAUUCUUGAUUUCACUGUAACCCUUAUAUUCAGAUUCUGCUAUUCUAUCGAACCUUGGGAUCUAAAGUGGCGCAAGAAGGUGCAAGGAAGAAUUGGCAAUGCUGUUCUUGAGGGCAGUUUCCUGCUUGUGAGCAAUCUCAAAGACAGGGUGGAUAAAUACACUGUUCCUACCACCCAGUGCAUACAGUCCUUUAACCAUGUGAUCCUCUGCAAUGUUCCUCUGCAAAUCUCUGUUGCUCAGCAGGAGUUUGGACUGGAUAAACUAUUGUUUGCUAGGAUAGAUAGGAGUUUUGACUUCGAUACCCUCAUGACACGACACAUUGCAUCCAUUUGCUCAUUUGAUUUUUUAGUUCAUUUCAGUCAGCGUGGGGGUAGGCCUAUUGUCUAG